UUUCCAAAAUUUAGAAACUGUUGACAAGAUCAUGGACCCUGGAAACCAUUCCUCAGUGACUGAGUUCAUCCUGGCUGGGAUCUCAGAACAGCCAGAGCUCCAGCUGCCCCUCUUCCUCCUGUUCUUAGGAAUCUAUGUGGUCACAGUGGUGGGCAACCUGGGCAUGAUCACACUGAUUGGGCUCAGUUCUAACCUGCACACCCCCAUGUACUAUUUCCUCAGUGGUCUGUCCUUCAUUGAUCUCUGCCAUUCCACUGUCAUUACCCCUAAGAUGCUGGUGAACUUUGUGACAGAGAAAAACAUCAUCUCCCACCCUGAAUGCAUGGCUCAGCUCUACUUCUUCAGUAUUUUUGCUAUCGCAGAGUGUCACAUGUUGGCUGUAAUGGCGUAUGACCGCUAUGUGGCCAUCUGUAGCCCCUUGCUGUACAGUGUCAUCAUGUCCUAUCACCUCUGCUUCCGGCUCACAGUAGGAGUUUACAUUUUAGGCAUCCUUGGAUCUACAAUUCACACUGGCUUUAUGUUAAGACUCUUUUUGUGCAAGACUAAUGUGAUUAACCACUAUUUUUGUGAUCUCUUCCCUCUCUUGGAGCUCUCCUGCUCCAGCACCUACAUCAAUGAAUUACUGGUUCUGGUCUUGAGUGCACUUAACAUCCUGAUGCCUGCCCUAACCAUCCUUGCUUCUUACGUCUUUAUCAUUGCCAGCAUCCUCCGCAUUCGCUCCACUGAGGGCAGGUCCAAAGCCUUCAGCACUUGCAGCUCCCACAUCUCGGUUGUUGCUGUCUUCUUUGGAUCUGCAGCAUUCAUGUACCUGCAGCCAUCAUCUGUCAGCUCCAUGGACCAGGAGAAAGUGUCCUCUGUGUUUUAUACUACCAUUGUGCCCAUGCUGAACCCCCUGAUCUACAGCCUGAGGAAUAAAGAUGUCAAAGUUUCCAUGAAGAAAAUUCUGCAUCAGACAGCAUGUUAAUGAAUAGAAUCAAUGUCAUGUUUUCAUAUCAAGAUAGGUCUUUGGUUUGAUUAGAUAUCUAACUUAUUAGAUGUAUUGUUGAGAUUUAUGAAAAUUCAGUGAUGCUCUUUUAUUUAACACAUCUCCAAAAUAUUCCUCCAGUCUACUUCCAUUGAACCUAUAUUCCAAUGAGUAUAUGUAGAGAAAUGCUAAGAAUAAAAUCAAAAUACUUUUGA